AUGAGCACAGAGCCGCUGCUCGGGGCGGGCGCGCGGCAGGGGAGCGGCAUCGGAUGCCGCGCCGUCUGGCAUUCUGCUUUGGCGAGCUGGUGGGCAACUACCACUGCCGAGGAGUACUUGUCGUCGCCGGUCAGCCGGCGCUGGCUCUGGAAGUCCUACGCCGUCAUUCCGAUAUUGGGCACGUUGGCGGACGUUGCUUACUGCAAGAUAUUUGGCCAGGACCUUUCAGGGACAUUGGGUCCAUCUGACGCUACCGAGUUCGCUCUGGCGGUCUUGCUCGCGUGCCUUCCGCUGAACACCCCGAGGUCGGAUGUAAUACUGAUGGCCUACAUGAUCUUACAGUUCUGGGUGUCGUUUUUGAGCCCUGGCUUGGGCACGACGAGUGCGCAAUUUGUUUACGGUGGUCUUGUGGUCAAAGUUGUUUUGUGCUUCGCGUUGGGCAUCCACUCGCUCUGCGUAUUUUGUUUCGGCGCCUGCUCGUUAUUGAUGUACUCUUUCUCUUUAGAACAGCAGAUGGAAGACACAGAUGUGCUUUACACAAUGAUUUGCACAGUGGCGUUGAUCACAACUGUGUUCACAGUGUUCGAAUGGGUUAUCGCAUCAUAUUUCAAUGAGCUAAGAGAGCGCCUUAGUUCUAUUCAGAAGUUGCUGGACAAGGCAACUGAUGGAUAUUGUGCAGUGAAUCGACAGACAGGCUGCAUCGCACAUAUGAGUAAGAGUUUGGAACACGUUCUGGGUGAAGGCCUCCUGGGAGCACAGGUCCUAGAGCUGAUAGACGAUCGGGACCGUGCGGAGGUCAAGCGCUUGUAUACAGGUGCCAACCCGGACGCGGCAGAACCAGCACUCGCAACGUUUGCGCGUCGGACGCCGAGCAAGAGACGUGGUGAGGUGGAGUUCGACGCAAAGUUAGUGCCCUACCGCUUCACUGCGUCCGAAGUCCACAUCAGCUUCCAGGUUAUCGGCGAGCUGAGGAUGACCAGAGGCUUGAUGGAUGGGGCCGCAGACGCACGGGAUGCUCGCCCGUCAGGCGCUGGAUCGGAGGAGGAACGACUCCUUGGACUGCAGGAGCAGAACGCGGCCUUGCCAGACCCUGACGGCAUGGCGAGUGCAGAGCCGAGAGACAGGGUCGAGCCCCCGAGGCUGCGGAUCUCCGAGCCCCACAGCAGUCUGCCCGCAUGCUCGGCAGAGGCGUCCGGCACCCUGCAGAUUGCGUUCGACUCUGGGCAUCCGAGCUUCCUCGUCUGCAGCAGCAGCUGCAGCAGGGAGCUGCUGCCUGGCCAGGGGAAGCUCCUGCGCUGGUUCCGACCACAGGCACGGCCGGGCGUCGAGAGGUGGAUCGUCGAUUCGGUCAACCGGGCCACGGGAGACGGGACUUGCCCGGAGCCGAUCGAGAAUUUGGAGCUUAAUUUGCCGCCAGCGCCUGCGCUCAGAGUCACUGCGAAGAGGGCUUAUGUCAUGGUCGAGGAGCUCGAGUCUCUGGACGACGGUACCAUGUCGGUGCCGGCAGUUCUGUGCUUGGUCGGCGUGACGAUCUCGCAGAGGCUAGAUCGCGAAGCAAACGAGCGGCUUUUGUCUGCGAUCCCCGAAGAUGCUCUGACGGUGGCGAACAGCGACAGCGUGUCUCCUUGGGACAGCGUCUCGAAUGUCGCCACAGAAUUCGCAGAGCCCGAGGGCCAGCUAGAUCCCCCAACUCCUGAGGACGGCCCGGCGAUGUAA